AUGAACCGACAGCUAGUGAACAUUUUGACAGCCUUGUUUGCCUUUUUCUUAGAAACACACCACUUCAGGACAACUUUCUGUAAAGAACAUGAUUCCAGAUCUGGGAAAACCCCUUCACAGGCACUGUCUCCUUCGGAUUUCUUGGACAAACUGAUGGGGCGGACAUCAGGUUAUGAUGCACGAAUAAGGCCAAAUUUCAAAGGUCCUCCAGUAAACGUUACUUGCAAUAUUUUUAUCAACAGUUUUGGAUCAGUCACAGAAACCACCAUGGACUACAGAGUGAACAUUUUUUUGAGGCAGCAGUGGAACGACUCCCGUCUUGCUUACAGUGAAUACCCUGAUGACUCUUUGGAUUUGGAUCCAUCUAUGCUAGACUCCAUUUGGAAGCCGGAUUUGUUCUUCGCCAAUGAGAAGGGUGCAAACUUCCAUGACGUUACCACAGACAACAAGCUUCUGAGGAUAUCAAAAAAUGGAAAGGUGUUAUAUAGUAUCAGGCUAACAUUAACCUUAUCGUGUCCAAUGGACCUGAAGAACUUUCCAAUGGAUGUACAAACAUGUACGAUGCAGCUAGAGAGCUUUGGCUACACUAUGAAUGACCUGAUAUUUGAGUGGAUGAGUGAUGGUCCAGUGCAGGUAGCAGAAGGCUUAACUCUGCCACAGUUUAUUUUGAAAGAAGAAAAAGAACUUGGCUAUUGCACAAAACAUUACAAUACUGGAAAAUUUACAUGCAUUGAAGUAAAGUUUCAUUUGGAGCGUCAGAUGGGAUAUUAUUUAAUCCAGAUGUACAUUCCUAGCCUGCUGAUCGUCAUUUUGUCCUGGGUUUCUUUUUGGAUCAACAUGGAUGCUGCUCCAGCCAGAGUUGCCUUGGGCAUCACCACAGUCCUGACAAUGACCACUCAGAGUUCAGGCUCCAGAGCUUCUCUUCCAAAAGUUUCUUAUGUAAAAGCUAUUGACAUCUGGAUGGCUGUGUGUCUUCUCUUUGUGUUUGCUGCCUUGCUCGAAUACGCAGCAGUGAAUUUUGUGUCAAGGCAACAUAAGGAAUUUCUCAGGCUUCGGAGAAGGCAGAGGAGACAAAACAAGGAAGAAGAUGCUGCUCGUGACAGCCGGUUUAACUUUGGCGGCUAUGGGAUGGGUCACUGCCUCCAGGUGAAAGAUGGCACUGCCAUCAAAGCCACACCUCCCAACCCGCCACCGCCACCGCCCCCACCGCCAAAGGAUUCCGAUUCCAUCAAAAAGAGGUUUGUGGACCGUGCCAAAAGGAUCGACACCAUAUCCCGAGCGGCGUUCCCGCUGGCCUUUCUCAUCUUCAAUAUAUUUUACUGGAUUACGUACAAAAUUAUACGCCACGAGGAUAUACACAAAGAUUAGAAACGUUUGUGUCUGAGCUGGGACCUUCUAGCCAAAGUGACUCUCUUGUAAAUAAAGAGUGAAAUGUCUUUCCUGUCAUUGACGGAGGGUUUUGUUUUCUGUGGUACUAAAGAAAGGGCGGGGUUAGAAGAAGAAGGAAAAAAACAGAAAGGAAAGUUUUGAUAACAAUUGCACAAAAUGAGAUGCUGUGGGAUCACCAAACGAGGAUUUGCCCUGAUUUCCUCCUCUUGCUACAUGGUUCUUCCAGACUCUUGCCAAGAUCAAGCAAACCUAAAUGGGGCCAUUUCCCCUCUCUCCAACCCCCCCCCCCCUGUCUCUAGGCUGUAUUUAAGAAAUACUUUAAAGCAUCUACCAUGGGACUGUCUGUAAUGGCUGCACUGCAAUGAGUUUAAAGAGGACCAAACUUUUUUCAGGGUAAUGCUGCCUUUCUAUAUGAAACAAGUCUAAGCUACAUUCCAUUAAUGUCUGUAGUUAAUGA